AUGGCUGUGGACCUCCUUGCCGCAUCACGCCGGCCGUUGGAACGACUUUUGCACGAGUGCUCUUUUUCUCAAUGGGAGAAUAUCGCCUUGUUCCUCGACGAAGGCGCGACGGAGGCGGUGAGGUGGGCAGGGGGCCUGGGCUUCGUGCUGGAGGAGCUUGGAAUCUCUCAUAUCCUGGACUUGCAGGCAUUUGCGCCAGGCAGGAGCCCGCCUGCAGUCCCAGAGUCUGAAGGGCUAACCCGGGGCAUCUUUCUGGUGACGAACUUUGUUUGGGACGUGGAAGGGGCAGUGCUUCACGCGGCCUGCACCUACGGACUCACAGAGGUGGCGUUGGCGUGUUCGGUUUCCGAGGAGGCCCAUGCCUGCCACUCUCAUGCUGCUCACAUAUCGGAGGAGACUGGGGGUCGCGCCUCCUUUGCCGUCGUGUCUCAGCAACUCAAGGUCAGCCUGGAGCGGAUGCUCAAGAUAAAGGCCCAGAGCAGCAGCAGCGGUCGCCGUCGGUUCUCGAAACCGUCUCCCUCAUCUACUUCGCCGCCAUCUUCCUCGUCCACGCAAACCAUCGCAACGGAGGCUGCCCCCCACCUCGCCGCCAACGCCGUCGACCCCACCGUGUUAGUCACGAUCAAGCACUCCCCGCUGCACGUGGGCUGCUUCUUCCAGGCCUCAACCACGAUCACCAGCGGCGGCGGAAGCAGUGUAGAUGUAGACCAGCCCCUCGACUCUCAGGGGCAGCAUCAAAAGGGAUGUUCGGCGUUCUCGCUGGCCAGCCCGGCGUGCGCGAGAGUGUUCCCGCUGAGGCGGUGCGAUUGGGAAGGCGGGGGCGGGGGCGGGGCUGGCGCUGCGCUGUUUGCGGCGGCCGCGGCGGUGGAGGGGGGCGGGGGUGGGGGCGGAGAGACCAGGGGGCACGUGUCAGCGGAGGAGGUUCCAAGGGGAGAACGCCUUCGAUACAGGCUGCUGGCUCACACGCUUGUGGAGGCUCUGUGGGAUCAGCUCUUGUUGGACGUGAGCGGCGGCGGCGGGGUGUUCACGCUGGGCGACACGUCUCGUCUCAUCGGUACCACUGUCGCUGCAGUGGCAGAAGACUUGAAGCGCGUCUCGCUCGAACGACCAGCCCCCCCGGGGUUUGGUGGGGAAGGGGGCGCGGACAGCGCCUCCAGCGGACGCGGUGGCGGGUUCGGGUCGGAUGGGGCUGGGCCGGCUGCUCGCCGUGAGGCGUCUGUGGUGUUGAUCGAUCGGAACUUGGACGUGGCCGCGGCGGCAUCGCACGGCGGAAGCCUGCUCCAGCGAAUCCUGAGCUCGAUAGAUCGAACCGGCACUCCAAACUCCGCCGUCCCAGCCACCCCCUCUUCGCCCGAGGCCGUCGCCAUCGACUGGUCUCCUUCCGCCGCAGCUCACCAGCAGGAUGUAGGCGUGGUCUUGCCCAUGCUCACGCCAGGUCUCGGACUUCCGGCACGCGCGGCGGCGGUGGAACGAAGCGGCGGUGGCAGCGGCGGCGGCGGCGGCGGCGGCGGCGAGGGUGCCGGGGGAAAGCCACCGCGCUUGCUGGCGAUGAAGGCUCUGUCUGGGUUUCCGUGGCGGGCGCCGCCGUCCCUGUGUCACUCGGGGGGCGACGCGGGCGCGGCGGCGGGGGUGGUGCAUGCGAUGGCCUGCCACGGGGAGGAGGAAGGGCAGGCAGCUCUCAUCUCGGCCCUGGAGAAGUGCGUCUCCGACAACGGCUGCGUACCGCCGCCGCGCAAGCGCCGAGGCAUGGGGUCGUCGAUCAUGGCGUUAGUCACCAGCCUCGCCAGGGGUAAUCCUCGUGCUGGCGGCUUGUCGGGUGAUAGAGUGUGUUUCAAGUCCCGCGGGGUGUUGCAAGUCGCGCUGGCGGCGAUGGAGGCCCACCAGAGAACUUCCUCGCUGGCGGGGUCCGGCUGGUCGGAGACGGUGGCGGCGGAGCGCGUACAACUACGGCAGCUCAGGGAUGGUAGCACGGUCGACGUGGUGAUGGAGCAGCUCUGCGCCACACUCAACCGAGCUCCACCAAUGGACUUCUCCUCCUCCUCGUCGUCGCCACCAGGUGGCACUGCGAGUCUCGGUGCCGGAGCGGCUCGGACGGGCUCUUCGGCGAGGGAGGCCCUGCUGCUGGCCUUGAGGGGGGUGUCGCUGGCCGGAGAGAGCAUAGGGGCGCAGGACGCCACCAGCUUUCGAAAAGCCUGGAUUUCGCGAAUGCUUGCCGGGGGCUUUCGAGAAGGAGGUUCGGGAGUUCCCGCGGGCGUCGCCGAGGCGGUGGACCAGAUUCGCUCGAGAAAGCGGGAGCGCACGACAGCCCCAGAGCCUGCUGCCGAGAGCGUCGGCACGGGAGAGGUGGAGGAGGCCGGGGUCCUGCUUGAGCUGGAGGACAUCGCCAGGGAAAGGACACAGCGCCUGCGAGAGGUGGCCUCGUCGAGAUCCUUCCACCUCAAGAGCACCGCAGUCCUCAGAGACCUGGGCUUCGAGCCCUACACCUUCGUCGCGUCGGCAACAGCAGCAGCAGCAGCGGCGGCAGAAUCGGCUUCCGGGGGCGGCGACGGCAGCGGCGGUGACGGUGAUGGCGAAGAAGGUUGGGAUGACUGGGGAGAGGACGAAGCUGGCGAAGGGACCCCGGGCGUCGCCAACGACGACGGGGGGUCGCGAACGGAGCACACCGCGGAGUGCGACACGCUGGUGGGACGCCUGGCCGGGCUGUUGCUCGAUCGGACAAGACCGGACGUGCCGGAUCUUUACGAGGCAAAGGUUGUUAGCCCUGCCUCGGUCGGUCUGGGGCUCCUCUCGUCCGGGCUGAAGAAGCUAGGCAGGAUGGGAGGGGCUGGGGGAGGGGUGCACCGGGGGCGGCACAAGCAGAGCCGGAUGUUCCGGGGAACCCCUUGA